UGUAAACAUUUGAAACUCACGGAAAAAUGAAUUUUGUAACAGAAUGCUUCAAAAAGAAAGAAAAAAUAAAAGAAAAAAGAAAAGAAAACAAAAGAAACUUGAAAAAGCAAUUCAGUUGUCUGAAACUGGAGCUAAUUUAUCAUCAUCAUUUGCCCCACCUGAAGAAAGUAGUCCUCCUUUGGCUGAUCAAAGUCCUAGAAGAGAAAAAGGUAUUUCCAGUUCUGGGCAAGGUAGUGGAAGAAGUGAAGAGGUGCUAGACCCAUUACCUGUGAGGAAGAUUCAUUUGAUGAUCCCUUAUAUAGAGCCGCUGCAAUGGGACAUCCUUCCCUCGAACCUAGUUCCAUGGUCGCACUAGGUGCGACAUCAACAGCAGACAACUCCAGAGAUGAUCUUGCUCUUUUCCAUUGUCCCCCUUUCAUCAAGAUAAAACAAGAGGCCGCAUAUCAGAACAAGUGGCUUCUAGUGAAUGUGGAGUCCAGUAAAAA